GUCAUUUCAUACGAAUUUUUUGAAUAGUAAUAAGGAUAAGACAAAAUAUUUCUUUCAAAUUACCGCCACAAGUUUUUUACCUUUUUUUUAAAGACCAUAAAUAUGGGUCACCAUGAUGAUAAACUAUAUUUGUUUGUCAUUUUCAUGUAAUUUGAGAUAAACAAGCAGUCACGAACACUGACUAAGUUUCAGCCAAAAGCCGACUAAUUUCAGAAUUUUGUCAAAACCUGCAAGAGACGUAAAACAAGAUGUUAAGAAGAGAUUGUUGUUAAAAUACUGUGUAUCCAGUCAUGCGUGCAUCAGACAUCGCGCUAUGAACAUUUAAAUUAUAAAUAUUUAAAGUGUUGAUACAAAAUCGUGUUUUCUCGGUAAGAAAGUCAAUGAUUAGUCACUUGAUUAACUUGAAAUAUAAACUAAAAUUGAUCAUUUGUUGUAUUGACCUGAAUGAUGGUUAUGUUGUAAUCCAAGAUUUGUUCAACGCCUGGCAGGAGAAUUUCAACUUGCGUUGAUGUAUAAAAAGAAGAACUUAUUUGUAUGGUGAAAACGUUGAAAUAUGAUUGGAGAAACACUGGCAUCGAAUAAUAGCAACCACAACAACACUGACGAUUUUGUACCACUUGGUGACAGAGAAUGGUUUAUAAUCUUAAAGUAUUCAAUAUUUUGCAUCAUAUUUCUAAUUAGCUUAUUUGGAAAUAUUUUGGUCUGUUUCGUUGUUUGUCGAAGAAUGAAAGUAAAAAAUGUGACGAAUAAUUUCUUAAUGAACUUAGCCAUAAGUGAUCUACUUUACACUUUUACUGUUCCAUUUGAUGUGUAUGAGACUGUCAAAAAAACUUGGCCCUAUGGAGAAGUUGUUUGCCGGUUUUUUUGGCCAUCACAAACCAUUGCAAUAACAGUUUCUGCUUUUACUCUUACGGCAUUAAGUGUGACAAGAUUUUGGGCUGUUGUGAAACCGUUACGUCAACAAUUGAAGAUGAAACAAUCUAUUUUAGUUAUUGCUAUGCUGUGGACUUUAGCAAUCUGUACUGUAGUGCCAUAUGUGCACUUUUUACGGUAUAAGCCCAUACAGAAGACAUGUGAGGAAGAAUGGCCUGUUUUUAAACACAGACAAAUGUAUACAUUAUCUUUACUACUCAUACAAUACGCUAUUCCACUAACAAUAAUUUCAACGUGUUAUCUAAAAAUUGGUUUCGAGUUAACGCGAGGACAAACUAACACAACCAAUCGAUCAUUGGCCAGAGCUCGUAGCAAAGAAGCAAGAAGAGUUAUCAAAAUGCUUGUGAUAUUAACACUUGCAUUUGCGAUCUUGACUCUCCCGUCUGCAAUUAUGUGGAUGUGGAAUGAUUUUGGUGGAGCUGGAGAAAAAUAUUCCCAUUUUUAUGACGUUCUUGGUGUUUUAUACAUUUUAGACUUUUUAAGUUGUGCGUCAAAUCCUAUCAUAUAUUCUUUCUGCAACGAAAGUUUUAGUCGGGAAUUUCGAAGACAAGUGGGAUGCAUUAUUCCUGGUUUAUCUCCAAACCUUAGCUCGGAAACAGGAAAAGUUUCGAUGAUGACAUCUUCGGCGUCCAACAAUAGAAACACGAGGGAAAGUUUGCUUGUUUCUGCAGAUAUUAAUCAAAACAGUACGACUAAAGUAUAAUAAAUCAAUGGUUUAUUUCCUAUAUUAUGCAUGUAUUCUCACCACAACUUCCACUGUGAAAUCGUACAGUAAACAUCUGUAUAUUCAAGAGAGACUGCGACACAACUGCUUUGCAUGUUAAUGUUGUCACGUAACUUCAUUUCAAUUUAACUAACAGUUUAUCUAAAAAAUGUAAAUAUGAUUCUACACAAAAAAUGUCUAAAACAUUUGCUUGCUUUUUUUGUCGCUAACACUUGUAUAUCAUCAGUUUGAAAUCAUAAUAAAGAUUAACAAUAUUUA